AGGAGGAGGAGGAGGAGGAAGGGGGAGACAGUUUAAACAGGACAGCCUGAAACUCUUCGGAGUACCAACGUUUUGACACGGAGCCGCGCAGUUAGAGGUGGUGGUUCUGGAUGCUGGGUGGAGUUUUCUUUGCCUCCCCAUGGGUCCCAGCGGUGCUCGGAUUACCAUGAGCAGGACUCUGCAGACCCGGUUCACCCUGCUGCUGCUGCUGACCCUGUCCGCCCUGACCACAGGAGCCCUCGGCGGGUACGGGCUGAGCAUGUUCGCCGCCCAGUCCUCCCCUCCGGACCCCUGCUACGACGAGAACGGGAACCCGCGCAGGUGCAUCCCGGACUUCGUCAACUCAGCGUUCGGCAAAGACGUGCGCGUGUCCAGCACCUGCGGGAGCCCCGCCGCCCGCUUCUGCGUGGUGACCGARAAGGGCGAGGAGCGCGCCCGCGACUGCCACACGUGCGACGCCGGGGACCCCAAGAAGUCGCGGCCGCCCGCGUACCUGACGGACCUGAACAACCCGCACAACCUGACCUGCUGGCAGUCCGAGAACUUCGUCCAGUUCCCGCAGAACGUCACCCUGACCCUGUCCCUGGGCAAGAAGUUCGAGGUGACCUACGUCAGUCUGCAGUUCUGCUCCCCGAGACCCGAGUCCAUGGCCAUCUACAAGUCCAUGGACUACGGCAAGUCGUGGGUKCCGUUCCAGUUCUACUCCACGCAGUGCAAGAAGAUGUACAACCGGCAGAACAAGGCGAGCAUCACGAAGCAGAACGAGCAGGAGGCCGUGUGCACGGACUCCCACACCGACAUGCACCCGCUGAGCGGCGGCCUCAUCGCCUUCAGCACGYUGGACGGCCGACCGUCCGCGCACGACUUCGACAACUCGCCGGUGCUGCAGGACUGGGUCACCGCCACCGACAUCAAGGUGGUCUUCAGCCGCCUGCACACGUUCGGGGACGAGAACGAGGACGACUCGGAGCUCGCGCGGGACUCCUACUUCUACGCCGUGUCGGACCUGCAGGUGGGAGGGAGGUGCAAGUGCAACGGGCACGCGUCCAAGUGCGUGAAGGACCGCGAGGGCAGCCUGGUGUGCGAGUGUAAACACAACACGGCGGGCCCGGAGUGCGACAGGUGCAAACCCUUCCACUACGACCGGCCGUGGCAGAGGGCCACGGCCCGCGAGGCCAACGAGUGCGUGGCGUGCCACUGUAACCUGCACGCCCGUCGCUGCCGUUUCAACAUGGAGCUGUACAAGCUGUCUGGCCGCAGGAGCGGCGGCGUCUGCCUCAACUGUCGCCACAACACAGCAGGACGCCACUGUCACUACUGCAAGGAGGGCUACUACAGGGACAUGACCAAGUCUAUUUCACACCGCAGAGCGUGCAAAGCGUGCGACUGCCACCCUGUCGGAGCAGCAGGGAAGACGUGCAACCAGACGACGGGUCAGUGUCCCUGCAAGGACGGAGUGGCCGGGAUCACCUGCAACCGCUGCGCCAAGGGCUACCAGCAGAGCCGCUCCCCCAUCGCUCCAUGCAUCAAAAUCCCAGUCGCAUCUCCAACUUCUACUUAUAACAGCUACGAGGAGCCAUCUGAUUGUGAAUCUCACUGUAAAGCUUCCAAGGGUAAAAUGAAGAUCACCAUGAAGAAGUACUGUAAAAAAGAUUACGCGGUCCAAGUGCACGUUCUUAAAGGAGACAAGGCUGGCGAAUGGUGGAAGUUCACCGUCAACAUUAUCUCCGUCUACAAACAAGGGGAACACCGCAUACGCCGUGGCGACCAGCUGCUGUGGGUGCGUGCCAAAGAUGUGGCUUGCAAAUGCCCCAAGAUCAAGCCUGGGAGGAAGUACCUGCUCCUGGGCACAGACGACGACUCCCCUGGACAGAGCGGCGUGGUCGCCGACAAGGGAAGCCUGCUCAUUCCCUGGAAGGACCUGUGGGGCCGUCGGCUGAGGAAGUUUCAACAGCGCGGCAAGAGGGGAAAGUGCUAAAGGUUGUCUGGUAGUUGAAGGAAAAGGAGAAAUGGAGACACCGCCACCAGGCUGAGGACGAGGGAAAAAGAGUGAACUGAGAGAACUUAAAAUAAAGGAACACAAGUAAAGAGUAGAAGAAAUGAGGAAAUGUCCGAGUGCUGCUGCUCUGAGCUGGAGUAAAGAGAAUAAAUAGUUUUUUUUUAGAAACUUUUGUGAAGGAGCGCAUUUUACAGUUGCUCUAUUUCCUUUUCAAGGUCUGUUUUGUUGUGUAAUUGCAGAGUUUGCACCUAAUAUACAGAUAUGACUCAUCCUGACCACAUUACAAACGAUGCUGAGCUGCCGAGCAUCGUCUUUGUCGUCUUUAUCAGCUUUGUCUUCACACCGUCCAGUUUCAUUUUGCUAUGAUAGGCUGAUCAGUGCKGCGCUGAGGGACUGGACUCAUGCUUGACCAGUAAACCAUUAAAACCUACAAUAAACAUGAAUAUUAGGAAUGGUUACCUUGUUCACAGCUGUGGUCUCAUAUCGCCAGUUUCCCCCAGAUCUACCCUGUCAAACCUGAGUUUUACCUCAAUGCGUUCUGGGAWCUGAACGCCAUCAAGAUUCUCUCUUCUUUCUGUAAAGUAAUUUGAUUAUGAAGACCUCUUUUUGCUCAGCAGUUGACUUUUUUUUGCCUACAAUAUGUUGUGGUUCUGACCUCUGCAAUGUAAAGUAACCAUAUGUGGAUAAGUGAACAAUAUUUCUUUUGUAGAUCAUGUGGAUGCAUCAGCUAAACAUAGAGUAGAUUUGUCAACCAGGCACUUACUAUUUUAACUAKUCCCAAGUUUUAGGACAUAUGAUAUGUACUUUUUAGGGUGGCAUCCAAACAACAAGAAAUACUUUUGAAGGUCCAGAAAAAAAACUAGUAWAGCUGGUGGAAAACCUGCCUGCCUCACAGAUGUGUCUGGACUGAUGUUUCAUAGUAACUACAGAGGAGUUUUAUUGUGUAAGUAUGGUCUAAAUAUUAGUUGGAUGUCAAAGAUCUUUAAGCUCUUCAGAGAAUUUAUACAUUGAUYAUCAUUUAAAAAAAACAAAGAAAGGAAGUUUCAUCGCCACUGAAAGGCUAGUAAUGGUUGUGAAUAUGCACAUUUWGUUUUCUAAAAUAUUCAUUGUUGUGGGAGAAAUAACCUGUGGAGUGAUUAUAAAAUCACAUGUUGAUUGUUCAGUGCGUUCAGCACAAAGUGUCAAAUAUUUGUUUCCUCAAAGUGACUUUUUGACAAAGGUACUCAACAAAAACAAACAAUUUAUCGGGUCUGUGUGUUAAAUAGAUGUAUAGUAUUACAGUUGUUUUUUUUUUUGUAAAAAAAAUUUAACCAAAUAUACUGUAUCUACAUGUGAACUUAACCGUUUUAAACACUAGAAACCGAAUGAGUGAAAUUGACGUUUACCGGAGUCCACGAACUCUGAGUGAGCUCAGACUAAAGCCUCAUCUACACUACUCUGGAUAUUUUUAAAAAAGAUAUUGCAUUUCUCAAAAAAAAAUAUUAUCUCAAUAUAUAUCUAAAAUAGUUGCACCAUGCAACUCUAUGGCGAGAAUAUUCAUAUCAAUGACAUCAAAAUACGGAGAGCAUUCCCAGCUUGGCUCAGUAUUUUUCCUAAAACAUUUUAUUUUUGAWAUUGUUUCCUGUUAUGAACCAUUUCAACUACAGAUGGGAUUUACAGCUUCUUGUAGGGAGCCUGGUGUUGUGGAUCUGUUCCUUUCAAAAAGCUGUGCUUUAGCGAGCCAGUGAUGCAGUACGACCACAUGUUGUUGUUUUGAAGUAUGYGGCCAUGCUGUGCUGUGAGCCAGUGUUGCCAGAUACACAAUAAUUAUCGUAUUAUGACUGUAGUUUUAAGGUUUGUGCAGACAUACAAGAAAAUGUUUUUAAAGGGCCCAAAUAURCAAUAUCUUUACAUUUUUGUGCUCRUGUUAACAUCCACAAGUUAUCAGAAAGUCCAAGUCAGUGUGCUUCAAGUAUACAACUCCCACUCCCCUUCUUACCACAGAACACACCCCCAACACAGAAGAACAACCUAACAAAAUAUGUCUCAUUGUCAGUUGAGUUAGUUCGGGUUUAGGUUAGGGUUAGGAAAAAGUUAGGGUUUGUUGGUUCCUCAUUUUAAAGAGCCAUUCAAAAGAUUUGGAUUGCUUCUUAGUCUAUGUUCACAUCGCAUGUCACAUCCAUAUUUACUUCUGUAAACAACGUGCUGAAUGUGUCUACUUCUGUGCAUGUAGGUCAAAUCAAURCUGURGAAAGUUCACACUGGAGUCUGACGGAGGUCUCAUUUAAAAUAUGAUUGUCCACACACAURAAAAAUCAUCAUUGAGCMUUAAGACCUGCAGUGUGAAUUUCAAAAAGUUUAAUGGUGACAAUAUCGGUAUGAUGUGAGAGACACAUUAAAAAAUGUUUUAAAAAUUGGCUCGAUUGUUGUGAUUUCUACAACACGAGACAAUGGAGUGAGCUGCUACGUUUUUUGUGCAGUAUUUCUCACCACAAACAUUUUGUAUCGAUGAGUUGACAGAAACAAUUAAAAUUUAAAAAUACCCAAAGCAGCGUUGACGAGGCCACAGACGUGUGAAUACAUGAGUACUCUGCGGUACUCUGUGCAUCAUACUGUAUGUAUUUCAUCAGAAAUAACUUACUAUUUUUUUUUUGCUAUCAGGUUUUUCAGUUUUUUUGCAGAAAGGUACACCUACCAAACUUCAGAACCAUACGUGAACAUUUUUUUCUGUUCAUGAUUCUACGUUAGCUUGUAAAUGUUGUGUCCAUUGGAAAUKUUUGUGAUGUCUUGUGAUACUAAUAUAUUGUGUUUAAUCAUAAAUGAAUAUAUUUAAUUACACAUGAAAUAAUGUGGCUUUUCUGUUGUUUGUCAACUUGUAAUUGUUUUUUACUAUUGCAUCAAAUUGUAGAUGGCUGUAAUAAAACGUAUUGACAACUUUA